AUGUCAGUCUCAUCAUUGGCAUGCAAUCUUGUCAUGUCCAACCAGGCUGAACUCCAGUACUAUGCUGAUCAGCCGUCCUGGCAGCGGCGGAUUUUUAUCUCUGAAGAUGCCAAGUUUGAGUGGAGGAUUUGGGUGUCUCGAGUCUAUGUGUCGAAUGAUGUGGAUUUUUGUCCGCUGGGGCUACAAACUGUCCACCUGGCGGAUGUUGAUCGGCGCUUGAACGAGUUUGAUGUGGCAGCUCUUGCAGAAGUAUUUGAGGCUCAUUAUAUGCAGUACACAACACGGAUUCCUUUCUUGCUCACCAUCCUCUCCGGUUGGCCGUUGUUUCGGAUUUAUAGUGGCCUUGUGGAUGCUGCCAGGGCAAAGCCCGACUUUCCGCACCUGCCUAGCAAGGGCAUUUGUGGAGGAGCGGUGCAAACGGGGGAUGUUCUGUCAGCUGUCCGAAUUCUUCAUGAUGAGCAAGAGAAAAGCGUUGAUCAGAGCAGUGGGAUCAUGACGAUCCUUGCCCGCAUCUUGACAGACGCGGAAAACGCCACUGCCAAAGCUGCCAAACCAUCCAAAGAAUGGGAGACAUUGGAGGAUGACUGCAAUUUGGCAGUUGCUUUUGCACAUUUGGGUCGGGCAGUGGUCUUGGCCUCUGACUUGGCUGGGACCGGGUCAGCAACAGCAAGUGGCAUGAAUCAGUACUUCGGCAGAUUGCUGCGAAGCGUCGAAGCCGCAGAGGAGGCCUGGCACAUUGCCGCUGAAGUGGCGCUCAAGGAUCCGCUUGCCUUGCUACGAGUCUACGCAGGUGGUUGGCCAAUUUGGCCGCUGCUGGACAAGCUGCAAAGGCUCACAACUCAAAGGCCUUGGGCCCUACGAUGCAAUUCCUUCCAUGAACAUGCGCCCUUGUGCCCCGCUUGUGCAGUGCCGCAUCAGGCAGAAUGGAACCGUGAAAGCCAGUGGGUAUCUGCUCUGGCAGCCGGCGGCGCACGCGGUGAGUUUGAGGCGGUUCUUCAACCGCGUUUGCGGAUGGACAUUCUGCAAGAUAUGGCGGGGUCUAUGGCAGCUGCUGCUGCGCGAGCGCUGGAUGUUAGGCUUGCGCAGUCUCAGCAGGAGGCCUGGGCAACAUUACUCUCAGAUGAUGAUGCAAUAGCCAACGAAGCUGCGAGGCGAGCUCUUCUGGUCUACACGGAGGCAGUGCGAGUCAUGGCUCGUUCAGUGCGGCAGUCAGAAGCUAGCGUAGCCUCCGAUGCUUUUAGAGCUGCAUCACCACGGCCUUUCCUGGUGCUGAUGACGGAGGCCGCGCUUACUUCAGAAGUACGCGCGAUGCUGGAAGGCGAUGGGCUCACCCCUUUGGUCAUGCCCACCUUCAGCAGCGAAGGUAUUUCCGUGCCCUCUCGGCGCAAGCAACGAGGUGAGACAGGCGCUGAAGAUGAGGCAAGAAAGGAUGCACGGGAGACGGUCGAACUCUCGUGGUGGUUGAAGAUAAAGCUGUGGAAGCUCACUGAAUACCGCCGCAUCGUGUACCUGGAUGCAGACACAUUGGUGCAUCGGCCAAUUGAUGAACUUUUUGCACUCCCAGAUGAGAUUGCACUGGCAGCGCCCGCGCACCUUUCACGAGAUGGCAAAGGUUCGGAGAUCUCUGUCGGUGUCAUGAGCCUCCGACCCGACAGGCAAAUCUACACUGCUUUGGUUGCUUUCCUUUCUGCUGCUGCCGACCACUUUGUCACGGGUGUCCGAUCAGUCGACCAGAUGUUGCAACAUAGCUUUUUCGCAGCCCACUUCUCCUGGGGCGGCUACCCAAGGUGGGAGGCUGGUUCGGGACGCUUCCUUGGCUGCAUGGAGGACUUGCCAUCUUUGAGCCGUGGGGAGGUUCACCUCUCACACAACAAUCUUGGCAAAGUGUGUGUACUACCACCUCGCUAUGACUUCUGUGUUUCGUACCCAGCGCUGGUUGCUGGGAUGGACUCGCCAGACUUCCAGGAGGCUGAGCUGGCUGUUCAGUUUCCUCAGCCUGGCGAGCAGCCACUCGAGACAAACCUUGCAGGGCUGCUAAGGGCGCGGCUUCUCCACUGGACAGGGCCGCGACGAAAACCCUGGAUGCAUUACCUCGCAUUGUCACGCACUACGUUUGACAAUCUUUGGUGGCAAGCACACGCUGAGCUUUGUCAUGAGGCCAAGGAGCCCAGAAACGGGAUGCUACCUUGCCGCUUCAACUGCGAUUCUCUCUGA